AUGGAGAAACAUAAUCAUACUUUCUGGAAGCGCAGCAAUUUCCGUUCUGGGAUGUUUCCUCCUUACUGCAUGCCACAAAGCACCGACGAAGCAAACGAUUGGUGUCAUUAUGGCACCUGGUUCGAUGUUCGUGAUCAUCCGUUGCAGACAUUAUCACAAGCGAUGCACGGAAGCCUUGCGAUAGACUAUCUCCGUUCUCAGCCCGUCGCAACUUCGAGACUGGCCCCCAACAGAGAGCUGAACGGUGAACCGUUCCCAGCGCCACUAAAGCCGAGUGCGAGUCCCUGGAACCCCCAUCGAUCUUCACCCAACGUGCGUUUGUCUCAUCAUCCCAAGCCUCUUCAACUCGAAGCCACAUCGCGGGGCCUGAUACUGGAUCUGGGGCCCGGCCAACAGGCCGUGGGCUGUGCCGGCAGGCGGAGCUACUGCGGCCGUAUCUUCAGCCUCCCGUGCUGGGCGUCUUACUGCGUCCACGGCAGGGCUGCUGAGAUGUUUGGGUGGGCACUGCCGCCACCCGCAGCCGUUCCCAAGCAGGUCACCCUGGCCCUCUUCCGCGCGCAAUUGGUUAGAGAUGGGAUGAAGUAA